UGAGAUUUGUCGCCGUGUCCAGUUCCUAACCGUCGAGCCGCAACAACGCACCGAAGCGAGACACGAUGCUGAAGAGCACUCCGACCGGCAACGUCGGAGAGCCCGACACAGAAUUUCAGGUGCGAGUACUCGAGGCCUCGGAUCCAGAGACCUCGACGUCUUCGUCCGAUUCGGAGCACCAGACAUUUGUAGGACACGCCGACGCAAGUACCAAGUCUUCAGUGGAAAAGUUAUCUGAGCCCAAGCUUACACAUGCACCACCGACGAAGGUUUUGUUCCUUGACGGCGUCCGCGGACUAGCAGCUAUCCUCGUGGUCGCCCAGCACUCGAAAGAGUAUUUGCAAGGCUUCAACCUCGGCGCAGUGGCUGUAGAUGCGUUCUUCGUCUUGUCUUCUUUCCUGUUGACGUGGCUUUUCAUGAAAAAGAGCAUGAAGUUACUGGCCCAAGAAGCAGGUAUCAGGUCGUGGAUAUUCGCGUUGGUGGAUUAUUUCUCAAAGCGCUUCUUCCGCGUGUAUCCUCUCUUCGCAAUUACCGCGAUAGGGAUCUCGUUCAUGUCGGCUGAAGCCCAGCGCCGUUACUUUCUCUUCUUGAACCCAGGCGACUUCGAUCUGUACCAGGUGCUCACGUUUGAGUUCAAUCAUCGCCAGUUCGUGCUCUGGACUUUACCACUUGAAAUCUCGUACUACUUCGUGAUUCCCGUGUUCGUAUUGGCUAUCCUGGGUAUGCGCCGCUUCUGGUGGGUCGCUGUGGUUCCUCUAACUGUGUGGGUCGUACACCAGGGUGUCUACGAAUACCGCACGAGCCACACGCCACUAGAGCCGCAUAUUCCUACUUUUCUAUCUGGUUCACUUGCUGCUGUCGUGUUCGUAAAGCUGGACGUAUGGAUUAAAAGCACAGGGUUCAAAUUCCGCUGGUGGCAUACGUUAAUGCUUCGAACAGUGGAAGGUCUGACCAUUGCUGUGUUGUUGAGCGUCUGCUUCAAAGGACUCUUCUUUGACUGGGUCGAGCCCAAUCCUGUGCCCACGGCAAAAGGUUUUCCGUUUGUGAGCGCGUUGUUGACGACGAUUUUCGUUAUUGAAAUGAUCCGUCCGUCCUGCGUGUCGACGAUGUUCGAGUGGAAUGUGCUGCGGUACUGGGGCAAGAUCAGCUUCUCGGUCUAUUUACUGCACAGUUUCGUCAUCUGGAACCCGACGAUCAGUGCCCAACCGAAGUAUUUCAACCGAUUGUUUGCGCGAAUUUUCUUACUUUUGCUGCUAGCGACGACGAGUUACUACUUGGUUGAGUAUCCGUCACAGCUGCUUGGUCAAAGGAUAUCCCGCUUCCUCGCUACUCGAGAAACUAAAGGAUCCGGAAGCUUGGUGAAGUUCACCUGCAUGGAGCGGAUCACUAUGAGGAAGAAAGAGCUGCAGUAGAGAUGAAGUAAAAGUGUAUUGAUUAUAAAGAAGUGAAGUGGUUAUCGCGACUACAUUUAUCGUUAAAUUAAAGCUAGUGUGAGCCGAGGUGAA